AUGAGGAGCCAAGAGAUUCUUGAAGAGAGGAAUGACAUGGUCAAACCUGUGCUUUUAGGUUAUCAUAUCUGCUCCAAGCACCCUGGGGCCGUGGGAUAUCCGAAACUUAACCCUGAGAUGAUGACUCGGAGAUCACAUUUUCUGUAUGAAGGGCUAGAAGUCCUCCUUCCCUCUCUCCCAGGUUCUUUACACCCCCAGCUCCCCACGCCACUCUGUUCCUACAUAUCUUCCACCGCCACAGGCACCCCCUGGCUGCAGACCACCACAUCUCCUCUCCAAGGUUAUUCUCGAACCGCUGGGCGCAUUGUUUUAUUACAGGCUCCGUGGGGCACUUGGCAUCUUUAUGGAAGUCCUUUCCUGUUAGGAAGGGAGGUCGGCCGGGAUCUUAGCGGAUGCUCUAGGCAGAGCCUUUCUUGGGCACGGGGCUCGGUGCGCUGGAGCGGGCAAGCGAGGCGAGCGAGGCCUCGAGCUUCCAAAAUGAUGCUCAGUCCCGACCAAGCUGCCGACUCCGACCACCCCAGCUCUGCACCUUCCGACCCCGAGUCCCUGGGCGGCCCGGACGCUAAGGUGCUGGGCAGCGUGUCGGACCUGGAGCCAGUAGAAGAGAGCGAGGCUGAUGGCAAGGGCGGCAGCCGAGCCGCGCUCUAUCCGCACCCGCAGCAGCUGAGCCGCGAGGAGAAGCGCCGCCGCCGGCGGGCCACCGCUAAGUACCGCUCGGCCCACGCCACCCGGGAGCGCAUCCGAGUGGAGGCCUUCAACCUGGCCUUCGCCGAGCUCAGGAAACUGCUGCCCACCCUGCCUCCGGACAAAAAGCUCUCCAAGAUCGAGAUUCUGCGCCUGGCCAUCUGCUACAUCUCUUAUCUCAACCAUGUGUUAGACGUGUAG